AAGUAAUUUUUAAAGAAAGAGAAAACAUAAUUGCCUCACCACACGAGCGAGCCCAAAGGCCAUAGAAGUUGGAGUAACCAAAACUCUCUCUCUCCUCCUCCCCUCUCUCUCUAGAAUUCAGCUUUCUUUCUGCGUUCUGUAAUUAAAUGGACGACGAGCUGUUAUAUACAUUUGUUGCAGCUUUAAUGGAGAGCAAUUAGUGCGUAUUUAACAUAACAGCCAAUAGUUACAGAAAUUGCGUUUCACUUGUUGCAUGCCCACGUGAACUUGGAGAGUUUUUCUCUUUGGAUUCACCUAUUAAACAUAGACACAUCACUUCGAAUUCAAAACCCAAAAAGGUCAAGAAAUAUUUCAUUUCAUUUGAAUUCAUCAGAGAUAAAAAAAAAUGAGACCGAAGAUCUAUCUCUUUGGUGACUCCAUCACUGAAGAGUCCUUCGACGAUGGCGGCUGGGGUUCCUCUCUUGCUCACCACUUCUCUCGCUCGGUGGAUGUUGUGUUAAGGGGGUAUAGUGGGUACAAUACGAGGUGGGCUCUGAAGGUGGUGGAGAAGGUGUUUCCGUCGGAGACGGAGGAAGGGAGUGGUGGUGGUGCGGCGGCGCCGGUGGCGGUGACGGUGUUCUUUGGGGCGAAUGAUGCUUGUCUUCCAGAUAGAUGCUCUAAGUUCCAACACGUCCCCAUUGAUGAGUACAAAAACAACCUCUUUUCCAUUGUCUCCUUCCUCAAGAAUCGAUGGCCAGGAACUAAUAUUAUCCUCAUCACUCCUCCGCCAAUUGACGAAGAUGGACGCCUUUUGCAUCCUUUUGUUGAGAAUAUGUUGGGGUUGCCCGAGAGGACAAAUGAGGCUGCUGGUGCUUAUGCCGAAGCUUGUGUUUCUGUUGCUGGAGAAUGUGGAAUUCCAGUGGUGGAUCUUUGGACCAAAAUGCAGCAGUUUCCUGACUGGCAAAAAGCUUAUUUAAGAGAUGGUUUGCAUCUCAGUCAAAGUGGCAACAAGAUUGUUUUCGAGGAAGUGAUUGGGAAACUGAAGGAGGUGGGCUUGAGUCAGGAAACUCUACCGAUAGAUCUGCCACUCAUAGCAGAGAUCGACCCUAAUGACCCCCUUAAGGAAAAAUAUUUGGCCAACUGGAUAUGAACCCAAUCAAAAUUUUGAAGUUGCAGCGAUGAUGGCAGAUUUACGCCACCGACAACGGUGAGAUCAGCGGGCAAUAAGCAAUAAGUUAUGAAA